AUGAUUGGCGGAACAUUUUCCGGAUUCGUUGCCGAUCGAUUUGGCAGGAAAGGAGGUAUGCUGUUGAACAACAUAAUCGCCUUGUUUGCUGCCUGUCUUAUGGGAUUCUGCAAAGUUGCCAACAGCUACUGGUUGCUAAUAUUUGGGAGAUUGGUGAUCGGCAUCAACUGUGGACUAAACAGUGCUUUGUGUCCAAUGUACCUGACGGAAAUAUCGAGCAUCAAUAUGCGAGGCAUGUUAGGCAGCGUCAACCAGCUUGUUUUGACGAUUGCGAUUUUGGUUGCUCAAGUGCUGGGAAUGACCGAAGUGAUGGGAAACGACUACGCUUGGCCCACUCUUCUU